GUAGUCCUCGCUGCCGCCUGCGGCCUGGGGACCUCGCUGCCUGCCUCCUCCGAAGACGGGACCGUCCCGAGGACAUGUAUUCCUUUGAGAAAUUUUGGACAGAAGAUCUUAGUUUAAUAACUGACUUGGAUGAUAUAAAGAGAUAAUUCCCGUCAUGAAUACGGAGCAGGAUGCAGCGCUCAAACUUGCCCAAGAACGAGCAGAAAUAGUUGCCAAAUAUGACAGAGGCCGUGAAGGUGCAGAAAUUGAACCUUGGGAAGAUGCUGAUUACCUCGUUUACAAAGUCACAGACAGAUUUGGCUUUUUACAUAAGGUGGACCUUACCUACAGCAUUUUAAUUGCAUUUCAGCAAAAGCACCUGGAAAUCGAAAGAAGUACAAAAUGGCUGAAAAUGCUGAAAAGCUGGGAAAAAUACAAAAAUACAGAAAAGUUUCAUAGGAGAAUUUACAAAGGAAUUCCACUUCAGCUUAGAGGUGAAGUCUGGUCUUUACUACUUGAGAUACCUAAAAUGAAAGAAGAAACAAGUGACCUUUAUAAUAAACUAAAACACCGAGCACGAGGUUGUUCACCUGAUAUCAGACAAAUUGAUCUUGAUGUCAACCGCACAUAUAGGGACCAUAUUAUGUUUAGAGACAGAUAUGGUGUUAAGCAACAAUCCUUAUUCCAUGUUCUAGCUGCAUAUUCUAUUUAUAAUACGGAAGUUGGAUACUGUCAGGGAAUGAGCCAGAUCACUGCUUUGCUACUUAUGUAUAUGAAUGAAGAAGAUGCUUUCUGGGCCCUGGUGAAGCUACUUUCAGGCCCUAAGUAUGCCAUGCAUGGCUUUUUUGUACAGGGUUUUCCAAAGCUUCUGAGGUUUCAAGAACACCAUGAAAAAAUAUUGAAGAAAUUUCUAUCUAAACUUAAGCAACAUUUGGAUUCUCAAGAAAUCUACACAAGCUUUUAUACAAUGAAGUGGUUCUUUCAAUGUUUUCUUGAUCGAACUCCCUUUACACUAAACCUCAGGAUAUGGGAUAUUUACAUAUUUGAAGGAGAACGAGUUCUCACUGCCAUGUCUUACACAAUCCUGAAGCUACAUAGAAAGCAUCUAAUGAAACUGUCUAUGGAAGAGCUUGUGGAAUUUCUUCAGGAAACACUAGCCAAGGACUUUUUCUUUGAGGAUGACUUUGUGAUAGAACAACUUCAGAAUUCUAUGUUAGAACUGAAACGGGCCAAGUUAGAUCUCCCUGAACCUGCUAAAGAGGAUGAAUAUCCAAAGAAACCUCUGGGGCAGCUUCCACCUGAACCUCAGCCUAUUGUUUAUCACCUGAUCAAUGGACAGAGUAAUGUUGGCUUGGCAAACUGCCACCCAUCUAAAAAAAUGGAUAGCAGAGCAACUCCCAAAAGACAAGAAGUCUCACCCCAUCAUCAAAGUACAGUCAAUGCACCGGAAAAGGCUCCUUCGGUAAAGCAACAAAGACUUGACUCAGUGGAAAAAGAUAGUGGAAAGAUUAAGAGUGAGCUAGAAACUCGAAGAAAACAACCACCCAGUACACAAAACAAUUCUAAGCAAUAUGAUAAUGCAGCUGCUAACCAAAAUUCUAAUGCUACUUCACAUAUGAAGAGGGAUUUUGUACCAAAGUGGAAUAAACCUUCAGAUAUAUCAGCCCUUGAAAAAACAGCAAAAUAUACGAUUGAAGGCAAAGGUAGAACAUCAAACCACACACUUGUAGGCACACCCCCAAGUCCUGUUGAGACCCGGGCAUUAAACGUAAGGCAGAAGAUUAAGAUUUUAGAUGGCGAUGAAGGUAAGCGGGGCUCCAAUGCUUCCCAGUAUGACAAUGUACCCGGAACUGAAAAUGAAAAUGGGACUUCCGUUGAGGAAGUAUUAGAAAAAGCUCACUCUCAAAGUCCAGGUAAUGUAAGUUACUCGAAUAGCCCGAAGAAGUAUUCUGAGAGUUCUAGUCCAUUAAAAGGAUCAAAUAAUUUUACCUUUAAUGUGCAGCCACCAAAUUCCCCAAGAUAUUCACACCAGGUCGACGGGGUAGGUCCGAUGAAGAUGCUCCCACCAUCCUACAGCAAUCCCCCCGUUUACCAUGGAAGUUCUCCAAAACACGCCCGUACUGCUAACAGUAACUUCGUACCUCUGCACCAUGGCCACGGGACUCACGUUAGCCCUUCUCGAAGGCCGUACGGCUCCAGUCACUCCAUAGACUUUCCUCCAGAGAGAGCUUAUAGCCGCCCCACCCCGAUCGUGCUGCCAUCUAAUCGGAUAGAAGUCCUCCCCAUUGACGUCAGCACUCCCGGGCCAUAUUCAGGCAAUUCAAGGUCUCCUAGGGGGGGCGAGUUCAUAAUUCCUCCAGUGGAUUAUUUGCCAGAAAACAGAAAAUGGCCAGAAGUUACUUUCACAUACAGGCCUGAAGCGUACGGACAGUCGUGGAGCCGAGAUGCUAACAGAAGCCACUUCAGCAACUUACCAAAGCAGACAGUUUUUCAACAUGUAGCCAUUCAGGAUUAUAACCUUCCAGCUGUUUCAAUAGAUAGUCCUAUACGGUAUAGAACUUCACCAUCUUUGGAGGAUGUUGGCUCAUCCCAGUAUCAAUAUUCGGGGGCGCCCCCUCCAGCACACUACAGAAACCGCGAUGGACUUUCUAUACAUGAGUCAGUGUUGCUAUGA